UGAACAGGUGCAGUUCCCUGAAAUCAGAAAAAGAGGUAUCCCAUUCCCCCCCCCCAAGUGGCUGUAAACAAAGGAAUAUGGAAGCAAUGACAACCAGUACGAGGCCACUUUUCAGAGAAGACACAUGGGUUGCUUGAGAUGGACAAUUGUGAGAAAAUUCCUCGCAUCAGUCUUCAGAUCCGACCCGCUUUCUGGCCGGGGUAACCUAGGUCCUGAGUUAAGGGUCUCUAGGUAGCAGAUAGAGGUGGUCCAACUUUCCAGCUGCGCAGGGCAGGUUCAAACAAUGCAAUAAAGUUUUCUCACAAGGCAGAAAUUGGGCUCGACCCACAAUUGAACAGAAAGGGAACUGAACCAGAGCCAGACUCGCAAGAUGGAGUCGGUGUGGGUCACUCAAUUCCCACAAUUCUCUCACCUGGCUUUCCAAAGGGGGCUUGUCCAACCUCUGGACUCAUCCAGUGCCAGGGAAUUCAUUGCUCAUUGCUUUUUCAGGACAGUUCUAGGUGUGUGGAAGGCCUUUUAAAAUAGUGAGUCAUCAUCUGCCUCCCACCAGGCCUGGAGUCAGGAAGACCUGAGUUCAAAUCCAGCCUCACUAGGUUGAACCAGUACACCACUCCCCCAAGUAUGGCCGCCUCACCCCAGUCUUUUCCUGUAACUACCACUUGCUAGUCUGAGUUCUAAUAUCUGGAGCCCUCACCACCAUGAAUUCCAUUCAUAUUCAGAUAUUUGAGAUAAAUAAUCUCAUGUUCUCCACCCCCAACCAAGUUGUCUCUUCAGGCUGCCCAUCUCCAGGUCUGCCUCUGCCAUGAUGCCAUUUCUGUUCUGAUCACCCGCAACUGGCCAAUGACAUGGCGUGUGCAGCCAGCAUCCACUGCCUUCUGCAGAUAGGACAAGGAUGGGUAGAAUCCUUAGAGGAUUCACUUCUGACAAACUAUCACCCUUUCUUGGAAAAGAUGCUGAAAUGACUAAGAAGAGAAGGGCAGAAGACAACCUCCUAGCAGAGUGAAAGCUUUGGAUUCAAAGAUUUGGAAAUAUUUGGAUUUGCCCAGAAACUAAGCUAGGGGUUCUUAAUCUUGGAUGGCCAAAAAAGACUCCAACAAAACCAAAACACUUUACUCCAACUGCUAACUGAAAUCUGGCGUUUUCUUCAAUUAUAAAUUAAAAAAAAAACUUUCUGAGGAGCUCACAGGUUUCACUAGACUGCUAAAUGGUCCAUGUUAUGAAAAAGACGAAGAACACCCCAGCAGGGGAUGGUAGCUGUUUUAGAGAUGAAGAUGUGACAAGAAGAGAGAGGAAAUUAUAGGAUUGUUCGGGGGAAGGGGAAACACCGCUCUUGCUCCUACUAAGAGAGAAUCAUCUUUUCCCCUGGAUUGGUGGCCUCUGGGCAGAGAGGAGAGGGAAAUGUAGGGGUUGAAGCUGAGUUAGAAGAAAGGCUGGCUGACUAUCGGCCACUCUCUGAAGAUUGCUGAUGACAUCAUGGUUUGGCGUCUGACUUUCUGGGACUUUGCCACCCUGAAGAUUUCCAGAAAACAGCCCCAAACAUCCUACGUGUUGGGCAUAACUUCUCUCAAGGUGGCACAGGAGAGUCAGUCUGGUAGGGUUUGGAGUCCAAAACUGGAUUUGAAUCCUGCCUAAGUGGCUCACCUGACUUUGCUGUGGCACUUUGGGUGAGUCACUGUCCUCGAAUAAAUUGGGAACAAAUCUUCCAGAGCCACAUCUGGGACAAGAGGUUCCAAAAAGUCCCUUGAUGGGGUUCAGCGGUUAGCCUCGUAAUUCUUGCUAGCUAGGUACUAAGUGCUUGUAAUCCCAAGAACAGCAGUUGUAAUUGGGGGAAGGGGGUCUAAUACCUUCCCUUCUCCCCACUCUUCACAAAGGUAUGACUCCAGGCACCAGUCCCUUUUCCUGAGUGUGGUAGGUGAGGCCCAGCCACAAGUUGGGGGUGACAAGGGGCUGGGAUCCUCCACUAAGGUAUGAAGGGAGUUUUGUUCAUCCUUCUUGAAGAGGACCAGUGACAUCACGAGGGUGAUGUCUUGACUUGGGCAUUUUACAUAUGUGGGGAAAGGAGCUAAUUGUCCUUUGGUACCCUUAUGUGACAACUCUUUUUGAGAAGGCCCCGUGUUGGGUACUGGGGGUGGAACAGGAUGUGCAUGGGCAACAAAGGGUGGAAACUUGAAAUAAUGGGGCACCCUGAUGCAGUUUGGAUCCCUCCCAGCCUCCCUAGUCCUCCAGGUCUGGUCAUUCCUUCCUUCUUGACCCUAAAGCCCAAGCUUAGCCUCCCUUCCACCACAAGGGCAGGUCCUAGACCAGUAUAGAGCAGUGAUGGAUGGCUAAAGUCCCAGAUGCUUAGUGGUAGGCAAAAAAACUAUGCUUGUCUCAACUCCUGUGCCCAGGAACCUGGUGUGUCCACAGGAAGAAGAGAUGCCUGGCUCCACGUUCCCCAAACUCUAGUGGAAUGGUGUUAGCUGCCAGGGCAAGGAUGUUGUACGCAGUAGGGGCUUAUUAGUAUUGGCAUGUGGACAGUCACUACUGGAGAGGUCCUAUGUCUUCCAUGAAUCAUUUGUAGUCAUUUCCUCUGUUGACAUUUGGCCUGGGGCCCUGUGAAUUCUAAUGCCUGGGGGAAAGCUCUGGUUGUCUCACACUAAUUACAGCCCGAUAGACUCACAGGUUUAUUGGAAGGUGCUUUGCCAACUAUUAAGUGAGUACCAUAGAAGCCUGAGCCACUGGAAUGGGGUGGGGGCAGGGCCUCAGAACUGCUUCUCCCUUUGUGAGGUGGUCCUAUCCAUGUGCAUUCCGUAACUCCCCUGGGAGAAGGGACUGGCAUAUGAGUUCUGGGGAGACUGUUCUCACCAUGCUAGGGUCCCUGUGCCCUAGGAUUGGGCUGGGGCUUUUCCUCCUCACCCUUGUCCUGGUAGCUGCCCGUCCCACGUCUCACAGGUAUCAGCCCUUAUCCAUUCCUGAAGAGUUAGACACCAUGGAGCUCCCCAAUGGCCUGGUGGAUGAUUAUGGGAUCCUUCCUAAGCACCCAGGACAUCGAAUUGUCCGCUCCUGUCUCUCGAGAGCCCAGAAGCGCAAGCGGGAUGGGCCAGAUUUGUCCGAAUACUACUACGAAGCCCACCAGUGAUGAA